GCUAGCCGUCACCAUCAGUCCGAGACUCGCUCUCUCUCUUUCUCUCUUUUAUCCCUAUACAACUAUUCCCGGCUAUUGCUACACCUUCUCCACCUCACGUUUCUAUCUUUUGAUCCCGUUCCUUGUUUUUGUUUUCUCUCCCUCAACUUUUCGUGAUUGGAACUCAAUUUCUGGCCUCGCCGCUUGUUAGUUAACUUUUUGGUUCGUAUAUGUUGCCCAGUGACUUGGGAAGUUGGUCUAUCGCUGCGCCAUUCUGUAUCAUCAACCGGCAAAGAAGUCAAAAGGUUUUGACAUUGACAUUUUUCAGUGAUGUGUCUGCUGCUGGCGUUAACACUUCGUUCAUUUCACGUUUAACAUUUGGAUUCACCCGGACACCUGCUUUACAUACCACUCGUUUCUGAUUAUAGACCUCGCUCUUAUGCUCUGCGCGCGUGUGUGUGUGUGUGCCUAUCUUUAAGAAACGACUGUCACCGUUUCUAGCUCUUUCGUCGCUGCGAGUUUCUACACGCCCCUGCCAUCAAAUCAGCUGAAAAUGGAGCCGGAAGAGAUGGCCAAGAACGUCGACGCGUGUUACAAGAACAUUUUGGACAAAUUUAACCCAGGAGCCAGGCAACUGAUCAACGCUGGGAAAUCGUAUCUCAAGGCCUUACACGGAGCGGCAGCCGCGGCCAAAAUCUAUUUGGAAUCUCUGUCGCGGGUGGCCAAGCAAGCUCAACAGGGAACCUGCGGCGGAACGGCCGACAUUGGUAUUGCCAUGCAGCAGAUGAUCGACGUCCAGCGGGAAAUUCAAAGCCAACAGCUCAAUACGCUAAAGGCCUUUUACGUUGACCUGAUUGUGCCCUUAGAAUCCAAUAUUGAAAAGGACACCAAAGUUGUACAGGCGGAUCACAAGAAGUUCAAUCAACAGUAUCGCAGCCAAUAUGACGUCUACAGCAAGGCCAUGUCCCUGGUGAAGAAACACAGCAAAAAGAGCUCGUCGAAAUCGAAUCGUUCGUCAGCUUCGUACGACAAAGAGAUCAAGCAUUUACAGUCAAUGGACGAAGAGAAAGCUAAGCUGGACGCAUUUUGCGAGCAAAGUCUAAAAGAGGCCAUCGCCCAAGAAAGGAAACGCUACGGUUUCGUGUUGGAACGCCAGACAUCGUUGUCGAAACACUUUUUAGCUCACUACGGCAAAGGAGCCGCGUUAUUGGAAAAACACCUGGACGGCUGGCAGGAAACGUCCAAAGCACGAGAAGAACUGCCACCUUGCGUAGAGUUCCUUUUGGGUCAACAAAGCGGGACGAACAACGAAAACCUUUACGCCCUGCCGCGGACGCCCGUUUUAACGCUAGAGGACGAAGUGGAUUUUUGUUCGGCUUCGCAGAUGCGUAAGUCUCACUCGAUAGAUACUUCCUACCUGUACGAGGAAGCUCAAUCGACGUUUGCUGAGGCCGUCAAUCCAAAAAUAAGCGCCAACCAAGGCCUGGCUUCUGCAGCCGCAGAUAGCCACGGCCGUCUCGCGGGAGGAUCUACUAAUCUUUGCAAAUCGAAAUCUGAAUUCAAUUUGGCUUUCGCUUCACCUUCCCGUUCAGUAAGGAGCGGCUUUGGAACGACAUCGCGACCCAAAUCUCUGGCGCUGCCUGGCAGCACCAAAGGAACCGUCCGGGCCUUGUACGCCUAUCUUUCCAGCGGCGAGCAUCAAAUCAAUUUCCUUGAAGGCGAUUUGAUUCUGUUGCUCGGCGACGAGCCCGUCUCCUUUCACUCAAACGCAAACGGGGAUCGCAAUAAAGGUUGGUACUACGGCGAGAAUGUCCGAACGGGGAAACGCGGAUGGUUCCCGCUGGCCUACACGGAACAGGUGAAAGACGCUGACGUCGAUUCCGGCCUUGGCUUGCGCUCGCAGUUUGACACGAGUCUUGCCAGCCCCAGCCCCGUCGUGCUAGCGGCUAAUAAUGUAGACGCUGAAUCGACCACGUCCGGCAAUUCUUCCGCCUCCAAUUCCAGCGGUGGUGGUAUGCCGCACCUUAUCACGCCAAUAACAUCGUCCAUCGGCGGACUGCAAAGCUCUUGCGCCCGUAACGCGCAAGCCAUCAACAAACAACAGCAGCAGAAUAACAAUGCGACCACCAUCAGGCCCAAUAGUCUUUUACUAGGAGGCGAUCGUGCGUUGUUCAAUAAGGUGCCUGGUUUCAGUAAGCUUCGUAAGUCGCGUUCAGCGUUCGCCGAGCGGCUUCUGUGCCCAGCAGCAACGCCCUCCGCACCCAGUUGUCCAGCAACGACACCGUCCGCCGCACCAGUUGCCUCCGCCGAGCACGACAGGCGGCCCUCCACCAGCGCCACCCCUGCCUCGCCGUCUACUAUGAUGACGAUGUUACCACUUUCCCAUUCCGCUUCAACACCUAAAAUGUUUAGCUCCUCCACAAUGAAUAACAUCUCCGCGUCCAGCAGCAAUUCACCUUUCAUCACCACCACUACUAGCACCGCCGUCUUUUCUCCGACCAAGAAAGCACCCGCCCCUCCGCCACGCAUCCAAACGACUCCGGCAUCCACUUCAAUCCAGCAGCACUCGCUCCUGUUAGGAAUGACCAACACAGCUGAUCUUAGCCUGCGGAGCAGCAGCGAUAGCGGCUUUGCCAAUGAGCCAUCAGUUUCACUCGUCCAUCAACAACCUCCGUCGACUCUGCUGGAACAGCCAUCGCCUCCUCCGGCACCCGAAGUCGACUACUCGGACGAGGAGAGCCUCAAAUUUCCACCCAACCUGUCGCGUCAUUGGCUCUUGUACAGCUCAGCUGUGGACGUGAGCCAAAACAGCAUAUGUAGCGCAUCGGAGGCAGCCGACUGGAGGCCGCGCAAAAGCAGCACCAAGCGAUCGAAUGAUGGCCGAAAAAAAGGAGAAGAAACUCCAUUUUACUACAACGAAGGCCUUUCGAUGACACUCGAUCGACCGACCAAGACACGCCCUAACGUGGACAACAUCAUCGCGACGAACGGGGGCAAACAGCAACCGAGCGCUAAUAAUUCUUCUGCUUGUUCUCCGUCUAUCGUUCAGACUAAUAACAAACUUUCGAGUUACCCUCCCGUGUUGGGCUAUUUGGCAACGCUGACGCGCUCUAAAGCAUCAAAACAAUUGCGGCGACAUUGCAACGCCCAGAAAAGCGAGGAGACUGCAAUUAAUAAAUUUGAAAAUGAGAAAAAUCAAGGUGCAGGACAGCAGAAUGAACAUCAACAAACGACAGAUCGUUCAGGAGCUGUUCGACGUCUGUCGGGACUGUUCACGAAGAAUACACCAUCGAACGGAUCGGUGGGAUCACGUGAUCCGGUGUCGACGGCGGCAACAACUAGCAGCAUGGCGACUGCAGCCAAGAUCAAAAACAAAUUAUCCGCAGCGCCAGGUCUACUGAAAACAGCGCUGUUUCGCACCCGUUCAAAGGAUUCCUUCCUGGAUACGGCGCUGUUCUUCCAGGACGUUCAUCAACAACAGCCGUCAGUUGCUGCUGAGGUGACACCAUGGCAGCACAAGUCGUCCGUGCCCUGUUACGUCGGUUGGCGUCCUCCGAUGCCUUUACCCAAAAGUUGCCCAGCAACAGAUCCCCGCCCACCAUCUCGAUUGAACUGUACUACUGCCCGACGUCGAGUGACUCGAUCGGAGAGCCGUCGCUCUAAUUUAGGCUGGCGCAAAUAUGGAAGCGAGUCAGAUCUACUAGAUCCUGGAUCCAGCGAGUCUGGCUAUAUGGCCAUCGACCGCUUUUUGCCACCGAAUUUGCCGUCUUGGCCGCCGACGUUAGCCCUAUUGCAUCCAUUUUAUCCUGGACGUUUAGACAGAGGUACCGACCAAGGUACUGAAGCGUCACCUUAUUCUCGAGCUGACUACGAUCGAUCGGGCAUCAUGCCGCACACCUUGCCUCGCAAAUUUCAGCCGGAUUGCUGGCUGCAUGCCUCUUCGCCGUCGCUACGAGUUCAGUUCAAUCUAGACCAAUUAGACGGGACAUCAUCGCCGCUGGAGAUGGCCAGAAGGACUACAAUCGUGGCAGGGGAAGAACAGCGUCAAAUGAAGGCCGAAUUCGAGGAAUACAGCUUGCGUUUGAAAAAGCGUUUGCAAUCGGCUAAAUCGGGCAGUUCGCGCAGUUUGGAUCAACUAUCAGACGAUGCCAGCGAUGACCAGCGUUGCGGGCCGUGGUACGAUUUGUGGACUCCCGACCCUUCCGUCCGGCUCUGUGAAAUUGCUCAAUUGUAGUGGCCGGUUAUCAAAUAGGAUCGAGCGAGAUAGAUAAAAAAAAAUGGAGGGGAAACGGAUAAAUAGUUUUGCCUUUUUGGGGAUGGCAUUUAUUAUUUGAUCACUUCGUUUUUGGUACGAUACAUAUUUACUUACGCGUCAUACACAUAUGGUAAACACAAUUGUGAGCGGCGAAGAUAGUCGAGCAGUCGGAAAAUGUGCGGUGUAGAUACAUUUUAGUUUAGAGUUAGCGAGGAUGUAGCAGUGUAAAUAAUUAAAGCUUUUCGCUGGGAAGUGGCUAUAUACUUUAAUUUUUUUUCUUGUCUCGCGGUUUUUCUCCAUCAAAUUUUCAUCAACUUUGUUUCCGUAAACAUCAGCGAAAAAGUUUCUUUCGCGGAGAUUUUGUUUAGCACUUAUACGCAUUUAUUCUGUGACAUACACACACAGAAUCAAUUUUAUUUUUCAUUCUUCUUUUCUUUUAAAAAACAAAAUGUAUCCCAAUUGGAGACAAUGAUGCACUGAUGUUUGUUUUUCCUGUUGCCAUCUCCAUCAUAGAACAACUAUUACAAGAAACAGCUAAACAAUUUUAACGUGUGUGUGUUUUCGCAAUGCUGAACGAAGAGGAAAAGUAAUGUCUUGUGGCACGACUGUCUGGCCUGCUGUGAAUAUGUUUUACUUGUCAUACAUCAACUAUAAAUAUGUACACCAGCAAAAGAGUGUAUAGCAACCCAUUAUUCAUCUAACACAUUUUGUAAUACAAGAAGGCAAUUUAUUUCUAUUUGCCCAAAUUCAGCCGAAGCCGAAACAUUCUAUAGGAAAAUCGUUGCUGACCUUUGCAAUCUUGAACCAAUUAUAUCUCCACUUGCAGUCUGGAAAUACGUAUUCUGUAUAACAAUAUUGCGAAGAUACGACAAUUAAAAGAAUAAUUCGAAAAGAAA